ACGGCCCACGCACGGGCAGGGGAGGAGAGACGAGCUCGGAGGCGCCCCGCCCAGUCCGCAAGGUUGCGCGUGCCCGCUGCGACCGCCAAGAUGGUCGUGGGCGCGUUCCCCAUGGCGAAACUGCUCUACUUGGGCGUCCGGCAGGUCAGCAAGCCGUUGGCCAACCGCAUCAAGGAGGCCGCCCGCCGCAGCGAGUUCUUCAAGACCUACAUCUGCCUCCCACCGGCCCAGCUGUACCACUGGGUGGAGAUGCGGACCAAAAUGCGGAUCAUGGGCUUCCGGGGCACGGCCAUCAAGCCGCUGAAUGAGGAGGCAGCAGCUGAGCUGGGCGCAGAGUUGCUGGGUGAGGCCACCAUCUUCAUUGUGGGCGGAGGCUGCCUGGUCCUGGAGUACUGGCGCCACCAGACCUCGCAGCGCAACAAGGAAGAGGAGCAGCGAGCAGCCUGGGAUGCGCUGCGGGACGAGGUGGGCCACCUGGCGCUGGCGGUGGAGGCGCUGCAGGCCCAGACACAGGCGACACCCACGCUGAGCGCCCUGGAGGAGCUGAGAGCCGAGCUACAGGAUGUGCGCACCCAGAUCUGCAAGGCACACUCCCCUCCCAAGCAGAGCCAGGCAGCAUCUUCAUCCAAAAAAUAGCAGACUGUUGAAGGUGGACUUGUCUGUGGCCGCGUGCCGCAGUGUGGCCUUCUCCCCACACCACCCCACCGGGCCUGUGGUGGCCUAGUGGAAGCCACCAGGACCUUGAUGAAUUUGUGGCAUUGGGUCAACCCCACCCCUGACAGAAGCGGGGCAUCUCCCCCAGGAGUGCCCCAGCAAAUGUGGAGUUUAGACAAAGCCCCUUCAACCUCUCACACUUGGGCAGCAUUCAGUAGUGCUCAGCCCCCAACCCUGAACCAUGUUUAACGUUCACGUCUCUAGACUUCAUGUCUCUCCCACUGUUCUGGCAAAGGCAAAAAUGGAACCAGAGCUUGAGCUAGAUGGCCUUUUCAUGUUACCCUGUGCCUUGUGUACCUGGUUAGACCAGGUCAUCAGGCAAACAUCCCUUCCUUUUGUUUGUGGGCACAGACCACGGUGAAACUCACCUUAGGUGAGCAGCAGCCCGGCACCUGUGCUUUCCUGUGGAGAGGGAGAACUGCAGCCCACCCACCCAUCCUACCUCUUCCUCAGCUUGGCUUUUGUUUUUUCCUCUGAGGCCCCAAGGGGAAUGUCCUUACAGAACUCCCCUCACCCCUCAAUCUGUGUCACUGUCCCUGAGUCCCUCCCUCCCACACUGGAGACCGAUCCAAAUUGGUUCUAAUUGGCACCACCUGCCUGUUCUUGGAGUCCAAGGACCUAAUUUUAGAUAGCACGAUAUUUCCUGUCCUUCUGUCCUUCCUCAGUGGCAUUUUUCUGGCCUCUUGGCCCACGGGUUUAGAUGCCCCCCCCAUGCACUCCUGGUCCCCUCCUUUGUUUACACUGGACUAGGCUGCCAGUUGGUCCCACCGCCAUUGCCCCGUCCCCAGGGCCACCAUGAAACAGCACUGGGAGUGAUGGCAGGAGACAUGGGGAGCUGCUCUCCCACAGUCCUGGAAGCCAGGGGUGAGGCGGCACUCCCUUUCCUGUUCUGGGACUCCAGGUCUACUGGAAUCCAUCUUUGUCUUCCUGUGGCCUUCUCUUCUGUCUCUUACAAGGACACCUGUCCCUUAUUGCGGGGCUCAUCCUAAAUCCAGGGUGACCACACUGCAAGAUCCUGAAUCUAAUAUCGCCAAAAAACCCUGUUCUAAAUAGGGAUGCAGUGACAGGUCCCAAUGUGGAGUUGCACUAUUGAGCUCCUUACCUGCUUCAUCUGAACUAAGAGUCUGCUGGCCAUCGGCCACUAAGUAGCCUUCACUUGGCUCUAGGACUAGGAUCAGCACUGUGGCUCGGGACACUAGGGGCCAAGCAGUCACUGCCCCAGGUUCCUGAUGGAAGGAGCUUCAGAGUAAGGAGACAUUUUAAGGAUGUAUGAGCUGCAUAAAUCACACCUCCAAACUGGGCCCAGCAUUCACUAAAAAUACAGCAGGCUGGACGUGUUGGCAUAUACCAGUGAUCCCAGCACACAUGAGGCUAAGGCCUGAGUCAAAACUACAGAGUGAGACCCUGUCUCAAAAAAAAAAAA